AUGUCCUUCUUCACUGGCGGCGCGUCUCGGGCUCCUGCGGGCGGUGUAAACCCAGACAAAAUUGACGCCGCCUUGACCGAGCUGGACACCAUCACCGACUUUUACAACCGGAUGGUCGCGGCCUGCCACAACAAGUGCAUCGGCCAGCGCUACACGGACGGCGAGCUCAACACAGGCGAGAGCGUGUGCAUCGACCGCUGUGUGUACAAGUUCACGGAGGUGCAGAAGAAGGUCGGGGAGGCGCUGCAGCAGCGACAGGCGGCCAACAAGGGCGGCCUCGGUGGCUUCUCAUAG